GAGUACUUCAGAAUGAGCUUGGUGUUUACUUGGAUUAUGUCAUGUAUUUGAAGCCAUUGCCCUGGAACAUAUGUACCCGAUUGAAAUAAGUGAUGUGGGCAAUGCUUUGUAGGCAAUAUCUAGAGAACUCUUCCAAGGCCAAAGGUCAAUGAACUUUUGACUUAUUUUUCCACUCUAGUCUCAAAUGACUAGCAAAAGACAGAGAAGAGCAGAUUUCUGUCCUUAAAACCAUGGCUGCCCAGUUUUGGAUAAUUUUUCUCUGUGUUUUCUCAGGAAUUCUUAUAGAAGCGGAGAAAAAUGUAUUUUUGAAUAAGGAGAGUGCCAGUACAAUACUGAAUAGGCAGAAACGUGCCAAUAGUCUUUUUGAAGAAUUUAAGCCUGGUAACAUAGAAAGGGAAUGUAUAGAAGAAGUAUGCAUCAAAGAAGAAGCAAGAGAGGCCUUUGAAAACGAUGAAAAAACUGAUGAAUUCUGGAACAAGUAUACAGAUGGAGAUGCAUGCAUUUCAACCCCAUGUCAGCAUGGUGGAGAGUGCCGAGAUGGCAUUGGAUCUUAUACGUGCAUGUGCAAAGAAGGUUAUGAGGGUAAAAACUGUGAAAUUGUUGUACAGGCACUGUGUUCCUAUAAUAAUGGAGGAUGUGACCAGUUUUGCAGAAUAUUUUCUGGUACAGUUGAAUGCUCAUGUGUACAAGGAUACAUACUUCAACCUAACAAAAGAAGCUGUAAAGCUAACGAUACAUACUCAUGUGGAAAAAUAAUAGGGAGUAAAUCACGAUCUUUGCUUCCUGAUAUACCCGAUGAUCAAGUAACUGACCAAAAUGCAACAGAAACUAAUCAGACUACGAAUGGUGAGCAAGAUGGUUUAAGAAUAGUAGGAGGUACAGUCUGCCCAAUUGGGGAGUGUCCCUGGCAGGCUGUUCUGGUGGACCCUGAAAACCAAGCUUUCUGUGGAGGCACAAUCCUAAAUAGCAAAUUCAUCUUGACUGCUGCCCACUGUAUGAACCAGACUAAGAGUUUCAAAGUGAUUGUUGGAGACAAUGAUAGAGACAAAAAAGAGGCCAGUGAAUCUGAACAUAAUGUUGAGCAAGUAAUCCUUCACCAGAAUUUUCUUCUGAAAACCUAUGACAAUGACAUAGCAGUAGUAAAGUUAGAGGAUGAAAUUAAAUUUAACCCACAAGUCAUUCCUGUGUGCCUUCCUAACAAGGAUUUCUCUGAGAAUGUUUUAAUGAAGCAAGAAAAUGCUGUUAUUAGUGGGUUUGGGCGUAUUCAUGAAAGAGGAUUACAAUCCACUAAACUUAGAAAACUUCAUGUACCUUAUAUUGAGAGAACCAAGUGCGUUGAAUCCAGCAGUUUUCAUGUGACACAAAAUAUGUUUUGUGCUGGCUAUGAAACGGAAGUUAAAGAUGCAUGCCAAGGAGACAGUGGUGGUCCUCAUGUGACUGCUUUUAAUGGUAUCCAUUUUAUAACAGGAAUAGUCAGCUGGGGAGAAGGCUGUGCACGAGAGGGAAAAUAUGGCAUUUACACCAAAGUGUCCAAAUAUCUGCCUUGGAUUAGAAGAACACUAAAAUUAUAACAGACAAUUUGUGUACAUCAAGUAAAAGUUCUGGGAUAUAUUGAUAUGUAAUUUAAUUUAGUAACUUUUUGUGAUAACUAACAAUAAUAAGCACCUCCAGGACUGAUCAUAUGUAUUGCUGUUAAUAUGUUCCAUUUCAAGGAAAAGUUUUAACAAUAAGUUAUAUUCUUCCAUAUUAUCAAAUAAACUGUCAUUUAUAGGAAAACAUGUCAUGUGAUGCUUUAAGAAACAUGUUUUAUAUUAUGUGAGGUAUGAAACAUGGCAGGACACUUCUGUACCAAUGGAUGACUGAUUAGAAAGUUCAAAUUUUUAACAUGCAGUUAGUAUAUCUAAUAAUACAUUCUGUAAGCAUGACCUAACAGUGACACACAAUGGUUUACACUACUGCAUUUAGAAUAUAUCUCUAAAAUUCUUACAGACAUUUAUAUAAUUUCUGUAAACUGUAAUAUUUUUGUCAACCACAUGUAUUAGUGUUUAUACAAAAUAAAAGACACCCGAAUUAA